CAUUUGAGCUCAAGUCAUUUUUUUUCCUCUCACUCACUAGUAUUUUUUAUGUCUUGUUUCUUGAAACUACAAGAAGGGUCUUUUCUCUUUUUCUAUUUAUCUCAUCUCACACCCUUUAAUGUAACCUAGAGAGAAUCAAAAUAAUACCACUUUCUUAGUUUCAAACUCAACUUUUGAGGGUCUUUUCUCUAUUAAAAACACACAAGAGUUUUAGUCUUUUAGCUAACAGUGUUCAUAUGAUGAAUGCUUCAAAGUUCAUUAAAUGUGUUACUGUUGGAGAUGGAGCUGUUGGGAAAACCUGCAUGCUCAUUUGCUACACCAGCAACAAGUUCCCCACUGAUUACAUACCAACAGUAUUUGACAAUUUCAGUGCCAAUGUAGCUGUGGAUGGAAGCAUUGUCAAUUUGGGGCUAUGGGACACAGCAGGCCAGGAAGACUAUAGCAGGUUGAGGCCACUGAGCUAUAGAGGAGCAGACAUUUUUGUCUUAGCAUUCUCACUGAUUAGCAGAGCUAGCUAUGAAAAUGUUCUCAAGAAGUGGAUGCCGGAAUUGCGUAGAUUUGCACCUAAUGUUCCAAUUGUUCUUGUUGGUACGAAGUUAGAUCUUCGUGAAGACCGGGGUUAUGUAGCUGAUCACAUGGGAUCUAAUGUCAUAACAUCUGCUGAGGGGGAAGAACUGAGGAAACAAAUUGGUGCAGCUGCUUACAUUGAGUGCAGUUCAAAGACUCAACAGAAUGUCAAAGCAGUGUUUGACACUGCAAUUAAGGUUGUUCUCCAACCUCAACCUCCAAGGAGGAAAGAAAUGGCAAGGAAGAAAAGGCAUAGAAGGUCUGGUUGCUCAUUUGUAAGUAUUAUGUGCGGAGGCUGUGCUGCUUAAUACGCACAUCAAUUGCACCGUCACUUACUUUUGAACUGGAUGUUAUUUUGCAAAAGCUUCAAGAUCUAAGUGUGGAAACCCUGACAUCUGAUCGCAUAUCUAAAUGUAUCCUUAUGCUUGUAUUGUAACUUAUGUAAGAUGUAAGAUAGUAAUAUCCAGUUAUUUCCACUUUACAUUUUACAAGACCCUAUUAGACACUGAAGGGAAUUUUUCAUUCUCUCAGUUAUGUAUUUAUUUUAUAUUGCCAAUUUUUGUUAUUUUUUCCUUGAAAUGCUUCUUCAUGCCCAUGCCCAUGCUCUAUAAAACUUUCCAGAGGAUAUAUAAUGAUUUCUCAGCAGCAGCAUUCCAAAAUCUCAGAUAUCCAUUUUUAUAGGGAGAAAAAAAAAGUGACAUGUUCUCUCUCACUAACUUAGAAAACUAUGAAGAACAAUUUCUCGUUCCUUGACAUUUUGCAUUAGAAUAAAAAAGAUCUUUUUCUGAGUUUG